CAUGACAAUGGCGACCGUAGCUGCUGCUGCUCCUGUAACUGCAAACGAAUCCCACAAAAAGAACAGAAUUCAGGUUUCCAACACUAAGAAACCUCUUUUCUUUUACGUCAAUCUCGCCAAGAGGUACAUACAGCAGCAUAACGAGGUUGAACUUUCUGCUCUUGGAAUGGCUAUAGCUACAGUUGUCACAAUUGCCGAGAUUUUGAAGAACAAUGGACUUGCCACUGAGAAGAAAGUAUUAACAUCUACAGUUGGCAUGAAGGAUGAGAUCAAAGGUCGUCUGGUACAGAAGGCAAAGAUUGAAAUUGUGCUGGGAAAAUCUGACAAGUUUGACAAUCUGAUGGCUCCUGUUAACACAACUGAAUCAGAACCAGCUGCUGAGGACAAGAAAUGA